CGCCCCGCGGGCCGCCGCCGCCGCCCGGGACUACAACACCCAUAGUGCCCGCGCCCGCCUUCUCCGAGCGCGGCGAAAGGCCUGGAAGGGACCUGGGCUCUGGCGGUGUCGUCCAGCUCCGGGCCCGGCCCGGCCCGGCGCAGGAAGAUGGCAGCGCUGGGCAGAUCCUGUCAGGGCAUCCCCGCGGGUCCCGCCGUGGAGUUCCCUCAGGCGCCGGCCGCCGCCCCCGACCGCCACGGCCCGCAGCCCCCGGGGCUGGGCCACGACCGCCUGCAGCCCCCCGUGCUGAUCAUGGCAGGGAACCCGAACGACGGCGCCGAUGGCGGCGGCGGCUCCUCCGGCCUCUACCCGCAAAGCGGCUUCGACGUCGCCUCUCUGGCCGCGCUGGGAAGUUACAACGAGGGCUUGACGGUGGCCCCGGUGGGCUCCUUCACCAGCGGGGCACGGCCGCCAGGCCCGCCCCAGCAGCGGGGACACUGCCAUGUCUCCGUUCGCUGUGGAAAGAAGCAUAAGUUAGAAGAAGAGGCAGAAGGUGGUCCUGUGAGGAAGAAGAGACUGACAGGAGGCAAAAAUAGCCCUUUGAAUCCCAACACAGAAGAAUGGAUUCUCUGUGCAGGUCAGCAGGCAGCUGGGGAGGUAGCAAGUCAGUUUGGUGGCAGCCGUCCUGAAACUGCCAUGUUAGAAAUGCCCUGUGAAGAAAUGGAUGAGACAAUGGGGGAACAGCAGUGCGAGGUUGCUCGCAGGAAGCUUCAGGAAAUUGAGGACAGGAUAAUUGAUGAAGAUGAGGAAGUUCAUGCUGAUGGAAAUGUUAGCAAUCUGCCCACUCUUAUCCUGUCAGAUACCCUUAAGAAAGGGAUGAAGAGGGAUUUUGGUGAAGUCCUGACAAAGAAAAUAAUAGAAUCUAUGAGCCGUCCUUCUAUGGAGCUGGUGCUUUGGAAACCUCUUCCUGAAUUUCUCACAGAUAAACUGAAGUCUGUUUCUGAUAAGGACUUCAAGCAGCAGAGCACAGAAGGGUGUCAAGAUAAGCAGUCGACAUCCCAAGCUGCUUUUGACCCACAGACUGAACCAUUCCCCGAAUCCCAACAGACUGCCAUGUCUCCAGAUCCGUAUGCUGGUGUGGGGAUCUCCGGGUGUGCAGAAGAAGAAAUGGAGUUGUAGGUGCCAGAAUUUAGACUGGAAGCGGUGAGCUCCUGAUGGGUUUUAUUGCUGUUUUUUGAAUCCUUCAUUCUUUCUGGUUUGAUGUGUGAAUCUGAGGUUUUAUUAUUUGUUUUUUGUUUUCCUACUAACAAUCGUAAGAAAGUGGAUUGGCCAGACACAAGUUAAGGAAACUGAAAAAAAAACAAGCCCCCGAGAUUUCUGUACUCUGGUCUGUUAAAUAUUCUUGUUUUUACUGAGAAGGUAAUUCAGAGGCUUUGGAACAAGGAAGUAGCUUUCCAUCUUGCUUAAUGGUGAAAUAUGCUCUUAAUUGUCCUGGGUAAAGUAUAAAAUCCAAAUAUUGAAUGUAACUGUGGCUUAAGCCACUUUUUUCACUUACUGAGCCAUUAAGACUUCAGUGCACAUACUGUGCUCAGUCAGUUAAUCUGAGUUACAAAAAGGCGUGUGCGAGUUCUAGUCACUGCUAAAAAAGCAGUCCCUGUGGAAAUACAACUUUUCACACUGUUUCAUCUGUGGCUGGUUUGUACUUGAGGGGAACUCAAAUCCAGAAGUUACACCUUCUGCAGUGUGGGAAGGAAGGAACGUUACAGCUGAGCAUAAGCUUCUUGCUUUGUAGAAAGUAAAACCAGCUACUAAUUUGCAAGGUAUUUGCUAACUUUAGGCAUCUUUGGUUUGUUGGCUUCUAAACUGUGUUUGUGGGGUUUUGAUGCCCCCUCCCCAAAAUGAUGCAAAGUCUGGAGAAGAGGGGUUCUCAGUCAAUUGAGUCACACCUUACGUCGUGCUGUGAUUCUUUGUGUGCAGCAAGUUGGAAAGUCAGCUGAAGACAGCGUAACUUUAGAUUAAAUAAAUGGCAACCUUUAAUUUUGAUAAACAUGGUAAGUAAAUCAGAUAACAGGGAGCCAAUUUUCUGGCAUAAAGAAGGUCAAAUACCGGUUAUUGUAUGUAACCAAGUCCCAAACUUUGCUGGCAUUGGUGGUGGAGUAAAAAAGAUGCUUGUCUUCUUCUUGAGGGAAUCUAGGCUUAAAAUCUAAGCCAGAACAUGUGCCAUUAAAAUAACGUCCCAUAAUUUAUACAGAUGUCUGCCAAAAGAAUUUUGUACCCUGCUUAGGGUGUUCAGAGGAGGAAUCCUCAAUGAGUUACUGCUUGUACCUUUCCUCAACGCACAACAGUUCCAUUAUGCUUUAAACCCUUAAACAAGGCAGAGAAUCUCAUCAUCUGUUUUGGGUCCUUGAACUUUCUCAGAAAUAGCUGAAUUGAGGCUUUUUGGAAGAAAUUCCUUUCCAAGUAACAGGUUCUGUUCCGACUCUUGGCAUCCCGAGCUGUUUUUGACAUCUUGCUGAUGUAAAGGAGCAAGCACAGAGUAAUGCAGCUGUUGGCGUAAGAAAAUCUACUCUUCCUUUGCACAGCUAAUGGAUAAUCUUUGUGCUGAUAUUUUUUUUAACCCCGAAUAACCCAUAGUCGAUAGUUUUAAAUCAGGCUUCUCUCUUUGCAGUCAUCCUUUCUUUUCUUUUGGCUGACAGCAGAAGCUUUGCUCAGAAAAUGCCCCUGUUAAAUCCUGUCUAUCUUGCUGCUCUCGUCGAAGAUCGUGUGAAAUUCGCUGUCUUUUGCUAAAACAUUUCAGAGCUUCACUAAAAACAUUUCCAACAUUGGAAUAGGUAUUACUCUGGAAACCAGUUCACCAUUCUGGAACUUUUAUUGAAUUGGAGAACUUUGCUCAGCUUUAUCUUGCUACGAUGUCGAAUUUCACUUUGGGCUCUGCUAGAAAUCUUUUGCAUGCACUGUAUGAAAUUUCUCAUGUAUUACUAAGCUGCUGAACCUGCUUAAAAUCGACAGCCUUUGACACGCUGUGAUGCUUGAGUGUAAAGCAAAGCAACGCCGUUUGGAGACAGCUGUAGUCACUGUGGGUAGGAAAUGUCCCUCCAAAGUUACCUGUUUUUUAAGCUUGCAGCAUUACAGUGGAAGUUCAAGGUUGAAACUGUUUUAUCCGAUAGCUCUGAAUCCUAAAUAAACUGCAAAGAAAGGAUAAAACCAUUCAGAAACUUGAUGAAACCAUCAGCAACGCUGAAAUUGCGACAGAGGACGGAGAAGACUGUGGGAGGCCUAAAUCCCUCAAAUCUAGCUGCAAGUUUUUUCCUCUUAAAAAUGACAAAUAGCAAAUCAAAUUUGCAGAAGAAGGAAUUUUUGUAGAUGGCCUUUAAGCACACUUUUUGCCUGUUAUAUUUGUACCAAAGGUUGACUUUCAGAGGUGUGUUUCCUCUUUGUUGUUUGAUGCUAACGCAGCAUCGCUGAUCCCUGUUACUCUGCUGUCUGGAACGCGAGUGCUGGACUGUUGACACAGACCAAGAGAUGGGGAAAAAACUGUGUCCAAGAAAUUUGCUUUGGUAGAAAAAGAUCUAUUUUAAUUUUUUCAUAAUUUGUUUCUGCCCUGGGGGGUGGGGAGAAGGGUGGGGUAUAGCAGAAAUGGAGUAUGUGGGAGCACUGAGCAGGAUUCUUGCUGCAGGGAUCGUUUGGAGAGAGGGUAAAGGAGAAGUUGUUACUGGGUGUUUUCAAACUUCUGUCUUUGUAAGAGUUUCAUUUGUCGUUGGCUUCCUUAAAAGACUUUUAUUAAUGCUGUUUGCAAGCGGGAUGGCAAAUGUGAUGCAGUAUUAGGAAAAACUUUAUUUUGAAAUAUCUGAUUCUGGUCUGUCUUCUCUUGGGACCAAAUCACCCUUUGUAUGUCAGUUUUCAAUAAAUUUUCUAAAAUAUUUUUUA